UUGGUUGUUAAAAUUCAAUAUAUGAAAAUUAUUUGGGUGAGCUCUAUGGCAAUUGUUUACAUGCUAAAAAUGUAUUCAAUCAUAUAACGGAUUGUGAUGUUGGUAUGGCAUUCUCAUUACCAGUGGUUAAACUUAUUUCACUGCAUCUCUCGUGCCCUUCAGCUACGCUGCCAGAUGAUAUGAUUUUAAGCUCUUGUAUGCAUGUGCCACUACCGAAAGCUUUGCAUUUGUCAAGGUUUCAUCAAGCUCGCCCUAAUGACUACCCUUUGGAGUUACUGAAGCAAAAGCCGCCAGCUUCGUUUCACAACUUUAAGAAAAUCGAUUCCAUUAAAAUCUACAAUCAGUGGUCUGCCUCUGGGGGCCAUCAACUGUUCUUUAAGAAAAAUCAUGUCCAUAAAAAUCUCAAUUAUUACUAUUACAGUUCCAAAAAUCAUGAACUAUUAGCGAAAACGGAUUAA